UCACCUCUCUCUCUCUCUCUCUCUCUCUCUCUCUCUCUCUCUCUCUCUCUGCUUUGUCUCUCUACAAUGGCAUCUGUGCUAUUGCUGGCUCUGUUGGUUAUGUUUCUCACCUCGUUCAUCAAAGCUGCUUGUGAAAUUAUAAGUUGUUACUUUCUAACACCAAGAAGGAUCAAGAAAACCAUGGAAAUUCAAGGAGUGUUUGGCCCAAAACCCCGGUUUCUAACCGGCAAUAUCUUGGAUACGGCCACCCUCGUCUCCAAACACACCUCCAGAGACAUGGACUCCAUCAGCCACGACAUCGUCGGCCGCCUCCUGCCGCAUUUCCUCACUUGGUCUCAAGAUUACGGAAAGAGAUUCAUAUAUUGGAACGGAAUCGAGCCGCGGAUGUGCUUAACCGAGACCGACCUCAUCAAAGAGCUUCUAUCCAAGUACAGCACCAAAGCAGGCAAAUCAUGGCUGCAACAACAAGGAUCAAAGCACUUCAUCGGGCGCGGCCUACUCAUGGCCAACGGCGAUGACUGGCAUCACCAGCGACACAUUGUCGCUCCAGCCUUCACGGGAGACAAACUUAAGGGGUAUGCAGGGUACAUGGUGGAUUGCACUAGGCAAAUGCUCCAAUCACUUCAUGAUGCAGUUGAGGCAGGUCAAACCGAGUUGGAGAUAGGAGAGUACAUGAGUCGGCUCACCGCGGACAUCAUCUCACGAACCGAGUUCGAUUGCAGCUACGAGAAGGGUCAGCAAAUAUUCCAUCUGUUGACGGUUCUGCAGCGUCUUUGCGCCCAAUCAAGCCGGCACUUAUGCUUCCCUGGAAGUCGGUUUUUUCCCACAAAGUACAACAGAGAGACAAAAUCACUGAAGACGGAGGUGGAGAGGCUACUAAUGGAGAUAAUACAGAGCAGAAAGGACUGUGCAGAAAUUGGUCGGAGCAGUUCGUACGGGAACGAUUUACUGGGCAUGCUAUUGGACGAAAUGCGAAGAAAGAAAUCAGGAAAUGGGUUUGUAAUCAGCUUAAGAAACAUGAUGCAAUUGAUAAUGGAUGAAUGCAAGACCUUCUUCUUUGCCGGGCAUGAGACCACCGCUCUGUUGCUGACUUGGACCGUGAUGCUUCUUGCUACAGACCCGAAAUGGCAGGAGAAGGUUAGGGAAGAGGUGAACGAGGUCUGCAACAACAAUGGAGAACCACCUUCUGUUGACCAUCUCUCAAAACUCAACUUGUUAAAAAUGGUAAUCAAUGAAUCACUAAGGCUCUAUCCACCAGCCUCUGUUCUACCCAGGAUGGCCUUCGAAGAUUUCAAAUUGGGUGACCUCCAUAUCCCAAAGGGACUGUCAAUUUGGAUCCCGGUUCUAGCCAUUCACCACAGUGAAGAAUUGUGGGGCAAAGACGUCAAUGAAUUCAACCCUAACCGGUUCGCCUCCAAGUCGUUUUCAACCGGCCGGUUCAUCCCUUUUGCGGCCGGUCCAAGAAAUUGUGUUGGCCAGUCUUUUGCCAUGAUGGAAGCUAAGAUCAUCUUAGCCAUGUUGAUAACCCGGUUCAAAUUCACUAUUUCGGAGAAUUACCGGCAUGCCCCUAUAAUAGUCCUCACUGUAAAACCCAAGUACGGAGUUCAAAUCCGUUUGACGCCGUUGAGUUCGUGAAAAAUUAUUGAGGUUUUUUACUUUUCUUGUUUAAAUUUUGAAGGCUUGAGGGGUUUUAGGGUGAGUCAAUAAUCUUAAUUGUAAUGCGGAGUUAAUUUUACUUUUUCUCAUUUUUGGGGGGUCAUUGUGAAUAGAUAGAGAU